CUGUUGUUGCAGCCAUUCAGAAGAAGAGAACGGUUCUAAUGUGUACAGAAGUGUUUUCUGGUCAAUAAUAGUCUUCGCUUCAGUUGUAUCGGGGGGAUUCUUUCUACACGACAAUACUAGCGAGUUCUUAAAAAGUACAGUACAAACCACCCUGGACAGUAUGGUUCCACUCUCACAGGUUUUGUUUCCCAGUGUAGUGGUGUGUAAUAUUAACCAGAUCAGAAAAUCUUUAUUCAAUGAAUUAGGUUUCUAUGAAAAUGAAACCUUGGUGAGAAUUAUGUACGAGGAUUUCAUCAAAGGCACAAAGGAUAAUUCUGACAACUCUACGUAUACAGGGCUUGGAACAGAAAAUGAUGAACAGCAUGAUUUAAAACGGAAAGAAUUUUACGAGGUUUUGAAGAACUAUUUGCUAGUACGAAACAUUAGUAUCAACAAAUCCAUUAUUUGGCUUUCUCAUCAGUCUUGUGAUGAUAUGUUCCUAUAUUCUAAAUGGAACGGGUCAACAACCUACAACCAUGCUGAGAACAAAAGAGAUUUUGGAACAGAUUACGGCAUUUGUUGCUGGUACACCCCUCAACUUAACUUCAGUGCUAUACCCUACGGGCCUGAGACAGACUGGAACUAUUGGUUUGGAACUGUCACUAAGGGCGCUAAAACUGGAAAAGAUAAUGGAUUUUCUGUACUAUUUGACGUGGAAUCCUUUGAUUACGGUUACUAUGAUGAAGGAAGCGAAGGAUUAAAGGUAGCUAUAACCCACCAUCUUGAUAUGCCAAUUAUGAGACAAAGAGCUUUUCAUGUCGCUCCAGGAACCGAAAAUCAAAUUCCCAUCACUCCUACACUUUACACUGCAAACCCACAGGUGUUAAACCGGUUCACCCCCUCACAAAGAGAUUGUUAUCAAGAGCAUGAAAUAGAUCUGAUGUAUCUGCCAAAAUCUCAUGGGUACAGGUAUGAGAUGUCCAACUGUUUGUUUGAAGCUGCUUUUGAGAAAAUACUUGAAGAUUGUAAAUGCGCCCCAGGGUUUCAUAAUGAAGGUGGAGCUGACGCCAUGCAGAAGUACGAAGUUUGCAAAGGUUCUGAGCUAGCCUGCUCUAAUGAGAUACUAAAUAGGAUGGGUCAAUACAAUAUGGUAAUGGAUACUGUGGAUAAUAUAACAAAGGAAUGUUUGAGUAAUUGUGAGGAUCAGACAAACGAUCUUUUUGUAACUACGAGUCUUUACCCUAACAGGAAAACUUUUAAGGAUAGAGAGGAGUUUUGUAUUCUAGGUAAAUAUGGUAUAAAAACUGAAUUCAUUCGACACUUUAUAGCUUUCGGAACUCAACACCACUUGUAUAAUUGUUGCUUGAUCCGAACCAGUACAACCAUUUACAAGUACAGACCAGUAUAG